AAGAAGAACCUGUAGCCAAGUAGCUGUUGUCCUAUGUCCUUAACACAUCCAUGAAAGUAGUUAGCAAAGCUAACACCGCUGAGCCGACAUUGCUUCACCCGACACGACAUGCGCGACGUUAACAGCUGAAGUCUCGCACGUGAACCUACAGUCAGUUGUGAUGUCAGAGCCGAAGCCCCCUACUCCAACCCCUGGAGACACGUACAAGGGUUGGCUUUUCAAAUGGACUAACUACAUUAAAGGUUACCAGAGACGCUGGUUCGUUCUGAGCAAUGGACUUUUGUCUUACUACAGGACCCAGGCAGAGAUGGGUCACACAUGCCGAGGCACCAUCAACUUGGCCACAGCCAAUAUUGCUGUGGAGGACUCGUGCAAUUUUGUUAUUUCCAACGGAGGCGCGCAGACCUACCACUUGAAGGCCAGCUCGGAAGUAGAGCGACAGCGAUGGAUCACCGCUCUGGAGCUCGCCAAGGCAAAGGCCGUCCACAUGCAGGCUGAAUCUGAUGACUCGGGUGAUGACUGUCCUGCAGUGCCCCCCACCUCAGGACAGGGGGGAGGCUGCCGUAAUUUAGAAAUCCAGUCCACACUUCGCACACUCGGCAGCAAGGUGGAGGACCUCAACACCUGCAACGAUCUCAUUGUCAAGCAUGGGUCUGCACUCCAAAGGUCUUUGUCAGAACUGGAGGGGAUUCGUGUCGGGGGAGACAUGGGGGAAAAGAUGAGACAAGUUACAGAGAGAGCCACACUGUUCAGAAUCACCUCCAAUGCCAUGAUUAAUGCAUGUAGAGACUUCCUCUCCCUGGCUCAGAACCACAGUAAGCGCUGGCAGAAGGCCUUACAGGUUGAGCGAGACCAAAGGAUCCGGCUGGAGGAGACUCUGGAGCAGCUGGCCAAACAGCACAAUCAUUUGGAAAGAGCUUUCAGAGGAGCUACAGUUCUCCCCCCUUCAUUCAGCAAUCCCGCCUUAGCUAACAAAGAUAAAAAAGGGGAUGCCAGUGACGAGGAUGAUGACAAUGAGUUCUUCGAUGCGAUGGAAGACCCAGCAGAGUUUAUCACUGUCCCUGCUGACCCCAAGUAUCACAGGAGAUCUGGCAGCAACGUUAGUGGUUUCAGCAGCGAGAUUGGAAUGGAAGAUCAGUCCGUAAAUUUUGAUGAACUGUCUUUGGCAUCCAACCCAGAGUCGCCACAGCCCCUGGAGCUAGAGCCUGUUCGACAAAGGCGGACUCGUAUCCCUGACAAGCCCAACUAUUACCUCAAUCUGUGGAGCAUCAUGAAGAAUUGUAUUGGAAAGGAGCUCUCAAAGAUACCAAUGCCUGUGAAUUUCAAUGAGCCCCUCUCAAUGCUGCAACGUCUCUCUGAAGACCUGGAGUACUACGAGCUGUUGGAUAAGGCUUCUAAAAGUCAGAGCUCUCUGGAGCAGAUGUGUUAUGUAGCUGCUUUCACAGUCUCCUCCUACUCCACCACUGUCCACCGCACAGGGAAACCCUUCAAUCCUCUGCUGGGAGAAACGUUUGAGCUCGAUCGGCUAAAAGAUUGUGGCUACCGCUCCCUCUGUGAACAGGUGAGUCACCACCCACCUGCUGCAGCUCACCAUGCCAGCUCUGAAAAGGGCUGGACCCUCAGACAAGAGAUUACCCUGGCCAGCAAGUUUAGAGGGAAAUAUCUCUCUAUCAUGCCUUUGGGUUCUAUCCAGUGUUUAUUUGAAAAGAGCAACAAUCACUACUCUUGGAAGAAAGUGACUACAACUGUACACAACAUCAUUGUUGGAAAGUUAUGGAUUGACCAGUCAGGGGAGAUUGAUGUGGUGAACCACAAGACAGGAGAUCGCUGCCACCUCAAGUUUGCUCCUUACAGUUACUUCUCCAGAGAUGUACCAAGAAAGGUAACGGGAGUCGUGACAGAUAAGGAUGGGAAGGCCCAUUACGUGCUUUCAGGAACCUGGGAUGAGAAAAUGGAGUUCUCCAGGAUAAUGCAGAGCAGUAAAGGCGAGAACGGCACCGAAGGCAAACAGAGGACCGUCUAUCAGACCCUCAAAGCCAAAGAAAUCUGGAGAAAGAACCCCUUACCAGAGGGAGCGGAGAACAUGUACUUCUUCUCCUCACUGGCCUUGACGCUCAAUGAGGCCGAAGAGGGAGUGGCGCCGACAGACUGCCGCCGGCGCCCUGACCAGAGGUUAAUGGAGGACGGCCGCUGGGAUGAGGCGAACGCAGAGAAACAGAGGCUGGAGGAGAAACAGCGCAUCGUCCGCCGAGAAAGGGAGAGGGAGGCUGUUAAAGCAGCCAGCUCACCUGAGGAAGCUGUCACUGAGGAUUCAAUCAAUGAUUCACCCUCGAAAAGCAAGUACUCUUCUCUUAGUCUUUUCCCACCCCUGAUCAACAUAUAUUAUAUAUAUAUAUUAGCUCUAGAUGCAAAGCAACACAUGUACGAGAUGUUUGCGUAUGUAACGGGAAGGUGCUUAAUCUCUUCUACAUCAUCUUUCAAAUACUUUUACCAUCCCCUUCAACCAUUUCUGUUCCAUUUAGCUGAUGCAGUGGAGACUGGCACAGAAGCAAAUGAGGUUUUGGAUGAAACUGACACAGAGGACUCUCAUCCCUAUACACCUGUUGCAUCCCCUUAUGGACCAUCACUCUCCCCAUAUCUAAGCACCCAUCCAGACAACUACCAAGCAAUGUGGUUUGAGAAGUUGGACGACCCCGCGUCCGGAGAGACCUUGCAUGUCUACAAGGGCGGUUACUGGGAGGCAAAGGAAGAAGGCAGCUGGGACGUGUGUCCUGAAAUCUUCUGAUCGCAGCCGAGUCGGCCUCUCUUCCUCAGUUGGUGUACAAAACCUUACAUCGGCUGUAACGGUGGAUUCAAGCCUGACAUCAGCCGGUCUUCAAUGUCUGUAGCUUCAAGUGAUCACCCCACUCGGUUCCCCAGUGAUUUGCUCAGGGUUAAGGGCAUCUGGACUUUACCCUCAACGCAGAUACGAUGCACAUUGUAGCAUUGUUGUAACAUUGCAGCUGAUUAGUGUUCAGAAUUCCCUCUCACUGCCUCUCAAACACGGAUGUUUAUCUUGGUCCUCUGCUUGUUGUCUGUCCAGGGUUGUUUGGUGCAGCUUUUGAGUCGCAGUCGGCAGAAAGUUUUUCGAAUAAUGUCAUUAUGCAUUUACUUUAAAAGCAUAAUUCGUCUUACAGUAUACAAGGUUUGCUUGGAGAGCGUGAGCGGCUACAGAACAUGUAAUUUAUGCGUUGGUUUUUUGUUGUGCACUCCGGAUCAUGAUUACUUUUGCAAUGAAUUUGUCGAAGCUUCGGCAGCGCUGCAGUGAGUCAGUUUAACCUAAAAGAAAUUCACUACACCAGUUUCAGAUCGCAUCAAAUGCAUCGGCGCAUGUGUUUCAGUGCUUCUGACAAAAUACGGAUAAAUACUGUUUCUUUAAGAAAUAAUUAGUGGUGUAUUUAAACAAUUAUCUCUGGACUGGUUUAAAAUCAGAAGUGUCACAAACACUAAGACAUCAUUCGUUUGCCUUUGAAUUUAUGGUAAAUUGCGGCGCUACUUACGUACCUGAAGUGAAACGACUCCGAAGGUAUACUACAUCUACAUAUUAGCCUUUUUUAAUUUUUGUAAUUAACUAGUCAACAUUCAAACAUUUGUUUGUGGUAUUGUUUUUCUGACUUCCUCCCAAUUCCCCUGUAAAAUCCGUAGUAGCUGUAAAGAGAUGUGAAAGUAGUUCCUUAUGAAUAUAACACGCCUCUAUAUAUUUCGCCGGUUAAGUUUGGUUUGUCCGUUUUUUAAAAAAAAUAUUUGUGGGGUCUACAAAGUCAUUACAUAUAUAAGCAGUUCUUUUCACGAUAAAAGAAUAAAUUGCCACAUUUUAUUUUUUUUUUAUUGAGGAAGAAUCAUUUAAAAAUGUUCUAUUUAGCACAUUAAGUUGAAUACAAUAUGUUCUUUAUAUGAUACCAUUUUGAAUACUAUAUGAAUUAAAAUAGUGGUAAAAAAAAAAAUGUGUACCAAUGGAAAAUAUGAAGUAAAGAAAUUACAAAUGGCACAAUUUUUUUUUUUCUUGUAUUUUGUCCUUCAACAAUUAACUUUAAGGAGUUACUUAAGACUAAAUCCACUUUUUGAGUAAGUAAAUUACAUGUACAGUCAUUAAAUUCUUCAUUCCAACAAAAACUGUUAUUCAUUUUUAACAGCAAAAAAUCCCAUAAUUCUGUCCUUCAAGCGAGGUCACGUUCCCCCUGACCUUCUGGAGAGCCGGCUGCAAUCUUUUUAAUUUGUGAAGGGGGCUUGCUCAAGCUAAAACGGGACGUUAAGUCACAGUUGACCAGAUUAUUGGGUAAGAGCCUCGUAAGAUUGACUCUAAUCAUUGUGUUUAAAUAAAAAAUUCUGUUUUGAUUCUCCACUCAAGUACACUAUUUUCAGACUUGUAUUUUCACACCCAAAAGUUUUUGCCCUCACUAAUACUUUGAGCCAUCAUUUAAAUUCUGCUCUUGGGGGUCGAGCUGUGCUGAUUUCUACGGGCUCGAUGCUCAGUGAAUUGAAGGGAAAUGUCUUUCGGGUUUCCCUCAAACGUAUCGAUAAUAGCUUUAAUCUUGAUGUAGGAUAUUUUAGUUUUUUAACGGUGUGUGUGUGUGUGUGUGUGUGUGUGUGUGUGUGUGGCACAAAAUGAGAUGUGUGAAGCGAGAUUGCUCAAAUGGAAAUCUGUCAUUUGUAUUUGUCCGUGUUGUCGUUUGUCAUGAAUGGAAGGACUGUGUGGUUGAUGAAAAGAAAAAAAAUCGAAAUUUCAAUUUAUAUUCAAGUGUACUUAAAACACUGCAAAAGAAGAUCACAAAACAUGAUGUUAUAUUUCUGUAAAUAGUAAAGUAAUUGUGAUUAACUGGUUAUAUUGAUAGAGAAUCUAAUGGCGGUGAUAAGCUUUUGCUUUAUUUUGUUGUCGUUGCUUUGUUCAUUUUAGUUUGCUCUACUGGAUGUAUACUGUGUCACCCUUUUCCAGAUAGCUUUAUUUAAAUGAUAUUAAUUAGUUUGGGUCUGAACCAUCCCUUCGUUUGAUUGACCGUUUCGUCAUACACCAUUUAAGUACAUGAAGAAGAGUGUGAGGAAUGUACAGCUUGAUGCUACUAUGUCUCUUUAGAUUUGAGAUUUUACAGGUUUCCAUCUCUUUUAACAUUUGUAUAAACUUUAUUUUUAGCCAUGGCUCCUAAUCUCUAAAGUUUCUACCCUUUCCAGCUGGGUUUGUUUUUACCCUGCAAGGUAGGAGGAUGGUCACAAAGGCACAACUUCCCACAAUUCUCCAAAAAUGGACUCACGGUGUUCCUGCACUAACGUACAGUGCAUUAUUUAUCGUGCCCGACUUGAUUUGACAAUUUGUCAACAUUUGAUGUUGGCUACUGAAGUGAUGAGUUGGUUCUGAAAACUUUUCUUGAGCCAUGUUAUGUAAUAGCAAACAUCCAUUAGUUGUAAUAUACAUUGACUCACUGUUGUACUGAGAGUACUUUUAACCUGUUGUGUCUUUUAAUGCAGUUUUCUUUUUAGCAGGAUUGUCUUUAGGGAUUGGCCAUAUUAAAGUCUGAAUGAAAAUGAA